CAGAACACAAGUGCGACCGACGAUCAUCAAUAGAAGAACCUCCCCUAUCGCUCGCCCCCUUUUUGUUUUCUUUCUCUUGGUAUUUUCUCCUGACUACCUUCUCUGUACUGGUUGGUUGGCAGCAGCAUACUUUGCCGCGUCGUGGAUGUCGGCGUUCAUCAACCCACUGGAGAAGUUUCGCCUCCGCUCCUCUCCGCCCGCGAUGGCGCGCCCCGCGACGCGUCAAUCCUCCGUUGCCAGCGACGGCAUCAACAUGGCCGCCACGGCAAAACAGGUCGAUACUCCAACCUCAAAGAAGUUAAAAAACCGUUCAUCGCGUUAUAAAUCACAGUCUGUCAGUCCUUCAAGGCGGCGAACCACAAGAAGUCAGAGUCGCGAGCUCGAAGCAGUCGGCCUGAAGAGCCAUGCUACAGAGAUCGGGAUCCCGAAAAGUUCGCUUGACAGUCGACAUGGCGCACGUGGGAAAGCUGAGAGGAUGGCAAAGGGGAAGGAACUUGCUGUUGUCGAAGAGGAGUCUCCAGUCCACUCUACGCGUCACUCCAUGGUGCGUUCAGCGGACAAUACCAUCGUAGAAGAGCUCCCUGAGGAAACGGUAAACAUCUCUGGGACGACCUUCCUCCCGACUGAUUCUGAUCAUGAGUCCGGGGAGAUGGAUCCAUAUAUGAUGGUCGAAGUGCUCCCUGAUCUCCAAAGAACGGCAUCCAGCGUUCUCGAGUUUCUGUUGCCUGCGGCACAGACUAGUACCGAUCUCCUAGAUCUGGCAAAGAAGCUGCAGGACCCAAAAAGUCCCCAGAGCAAAAAACUCGACCGUCUUCGAUCAAAAUUCAUAGGGGAAGCAAAGUACUUCGGUAACCAGACAUACAUCGAUGUCGCGAACGUGUCACGGACCUUGCCAUCCGUCAAGCCUCGUAGUAUCCCCGGGUCAGCCCCAAAGCGAUGGCGUCCAGAUGGGAUCCUAUACAAGGCAAACUGCGCCCGACUCGCUCUGGAGGUCCUCACCUCUCGUCGCGCAACGGAGCAUGUCCUCUACGAUUUGGAAGGCAAAUUCCCGAUGCCUUUUAUGAGCGGUUUGGUAUUUCAUGGCACCACCAAGGGAAACCCUACAAGUGGCAAGAGUACUACGCACCAACUGACUUCCGACCUGGCUCUGGACCUCAGGACACAGUUCCUUAAGAUGAAGCUAGAAGCGCGAAAACUGGAUGACUUCAACCCGGAAGGCGUCGUUGAGGACGUCUUUUUUAAUGAACCACUUGCAGACGAUGACGAAUCCGGCGACCUGGAACUACGAGGCUUCAAUCUGGCAGAGCUCCAAGAUGAGGAUGGGUGUCUACCCAAAGACAUGAGGAAACAGGUGAAAGCACGCAUCCACCAUAUCAGCCAGUACUUUACUGGCAGUCAACCUCCAGUGGAAUAUGAAGGCCUAGAGUCGGCAUUCCCGUGGUCCGAAUUCGUUGUCGCGGUAGGAAGAUGGUUGUACAAAAGAAACGAGGAAAUAGACAAAGAGCUGAAGGCCCAGCCAUCCGUCGAGGAUGUCCGUGAUGUACUCGAACAGGAAAUCACUAGACGGGGUAGUUUCGGCAGUUCUGCAGGGGAAUCAUCGCAGGAACAAGACGCAGGAACGCCCGUUAGAAAAGAUCCUUCAAUAGUUCAUGAAUCCCAGCCCCAGCAGCAACAAGAUGUGGAAGGCUCCAUCGGGGAACAGUCUUCACCACCUCGUGGAUCCCAGCCGCAGCAACUUAGAAAGGAAUUGCUGCCUGCCCCCGAGUUUGACUUGGGACGAGCAAAAGGUUCAUGGUUCAAACGCUUCGCAGUUCAAUAUAUUCACCGACAAGAGCCACGACGAGAAUCCCUGAUUCGCGCCACCUCUGAUGCGCCAGAGCCUAGUGACACAUCUGAUUUUGCAGGGUUCAUUUCCCAGCACGCUGCCAAAGCAUCUGCCACCAGUGUUGUUCCCGGCCGCAAUGUUCUCACGGAAAUAUCUCUGAGACCACAGUCCAGAGAUGGGCCCUCUAUGUCGAUGUCGCCCGAUCCACGCCGCACCUUCCGGGGGCAACCCGCGCCUCAACCUGAACAAAUUACUGUUGCUGACUCUCAGUGGGAGAUCACUCUAAAUGAUGAUGAUGAUGACUGGGACCUACGACCUCCUAGUCCUUCUGCCCGCGCUGCUCCAAGAGAUCCUAAGCGGCUGGCACCCGGGACUCGUAAUGAUAAUAAUAAUACUACUACGAGCCAGAGCAGGGCUCGAGAACCUGUGGUGAAUAUUCCUUCCUCGAAGCAGAUAUUAGCCGCAGCUAUGCAACACAAAGCUUCGUCUGGGAAAGACGAACGAGGCCCUUCUUUUAUUGACCGCCAGGCAAAUGCCCACAGGGUAUCUCCAAUAAAUAUUGGUUCUGAGACCCCUAGUGCUGGACCGAGCAACCCGAGGAAACGCAAACACACUGCUGAUCACAGUGAUGAAUCUGGCGAAGACGAGUUCAGCCAAGAUCAGCGAGUUGUUGAUGUGCGGCGGAAAAGAACCGAAAAGCCAAUUCUCUCUCCGUCAAAGCGUGCAAGGCUUUUUGACUAUGAUGUGUCUGACAAUGAUGCUGAGAGGCAACUUCAAAGCACCCUUGAUGAGACUGUGCGGCGAACUCCAGAGGUAGCAUCCUCUCAUCGAAGGCCCAGUCAGGAGAGGACAACGCCUGUUGAAGAUCGAUCCCACCAUCGUUCCCACAUACGCAAUGUGAUGGAUCGGUUUUCAGCACUCAGUGGGCAGCCAAGGACCCAGAAACCUCAUCAGACAUCCGAACCUAAACCUAAACCCGUUGAGAGCCGCCCUGCAUAUCCAGAUUAUUCUCGCGCCCGUCGACGAUGGAGUAAUGAAGAGAAUGAGCGACUCAUCUACCUGAUCGAGAAUUAUGGCGUUAGUUGGGCAACACUCAAAAGAAAGGAUGACGUGAUGGAAGAUGGGCCCAAGUUAGAGGACAGAGAUCAGGUGCAACUGAAAGACCGAGCCAGAAAUAUCAAGAUCGAAUAUAUCAGGUUUGUGCCAUCUCCCGUUGUUCUUCCUUUGUCAUCUUGCAGUACGUACCUGGGUCGACUUUGUACUAAUGAGAAUUAUCCAGGAACGGUUAUGAGCUUCCCAGAAACUUUGACAAGGUCACGCUGAAAAAGACGGAUAUCGAUCGGCUUCGCGCUAUCGGGCGAGAAGUUAGUUGAGUUCUUGAUCCUGUUGCGUGAUGGCUUCGUCCACGUCGCACAUAGCUCCAGGCUGGCCAUUUGAACUUGACGGAAAGGAGAACAGGUCCACAUCGCACUGUUGCUUUGCUUCUUGGUUAUCUACGUUGAUUUGGUUUACCUUUUGGUCUUGAUCUUCGCUGAGAUACCCCACAUUGCGUCUGCAUGCCGUUGCUACUUGUAUUUAUUUUGCGUCUGUAAUAAUAUUGCGCGCACGUUAGAAGGCUCUCCUAAUUAAAAUUCCUCUUCGACCAGAGUUCUCCGGUCCCCAGUAACACUGCGGUCGUUUCCAUGCAUCAGCCAGGAGUAUAAGAGUAGCACAUCAGUUCGCUAUGGUACUUCCGACAUUUCGAGUGUCCUGGAACGAUUGUGUAGUACCGCGCUUCCGAGACAGUGUUCCAAUUGUUCUGGUUCCCAAUUCCGG